AUGAGCGCUGCCGCGCUUUUUCGAAUGACUGCCUUAUUAGAGAGUUUAAGAUACGGAGACUACGGACUACGAACUACGGCUGGACGAGCGUUGUCCUUUGUUUGUAGCACUGGGUUGAGUCGUGCAAAUAUAGAACGUUAAGAUUGCACUACAGACAGUAGACUACGAGAGAAGAGGCGGAGAGGGAAACAACACGCAAAGAUUUUCUUGUUUUCAUCACUGUUCACAAAAAUGCAAGUCAGUUUUGCAUGUGAUCUUUUCUUUAGAACAAUGACCAAAUGCUUCCAUACUAGAAGGAAGCAAUUACGUCGGGUGAAAUUGGUAAACAAAGCUUUGGUUACACAGGUUUUAUUUUUUCGCCCAUGAAUACUUAUGUCAAAUAUUAAAGAAAUAGACAGAAAUAGUAAUAGCUCAUUUGUUAGAUUUAGAAGAUGGACUUCUCCGACUACUGAUCUGAUGUAGUUUGAAGUAUUGAAAUGCCUAGUUUUGAUUGACAUCAUUUCCAUUCAGCAAAUGGCGCGAUACAAAAACUCGCAUAAACAAAGGUUACACAAGUAGAAAGACGCGCUAAUCAGUUUGGACAAACAUUGAAACUUUUCAAGUGCGAAGAGAAGUAAAUUACCUGCACGAUUUCUCUUCUCCUAGGCCGUCAAUCUGAAUUCUGCGUAUAAAAAGCUAAGCUCAUUUAAAUAUGAGCUUAGCUAGAUAAAAAUGUAUCGAAAUGUAGUCACAACAGUGGAUUAAAAGCGUAAAUCUGAGCAGAAAUUGGACACAACUUACAUAUUUCGCUUCCCUCUCACUUAAAGCAGGUGAAUUGAAAAUUUUUUUACGAAAAGACGAGAUUCUAGAAUUACCGAGACGGCAAAAUAGGAGCAAAAUGUUCUCCGUAGUCCCGACUACACGAAACAGCUCAACAACUCACCGUAGCCGCAGGACUAUGCGGGAAAAAUGAACAGUCACGUGGUUUUGAUCAUGCGCAGUAGCAUGCUUAACCGUAGUCGUAGUCCGUAGUCUCCGUAUCUUAAACUCCCUAUUUAAAGCCGAGGCUGCACCGAUCAACAUAGGUUACCCAUCCCAGAGGAGGGCCGUGAUUGAGAGGGGGUGAAAAAGGCAUAGGUAUUAAGUAUGCUUGGUUUUAUAGCUGCCUCUCACACAGAGGACCACCCGAGUAACCGAAAGUUUGAGCCGGGGAUACGCCCUUCUCGAGAGAGGCGAAAUGAAUCGAAGAGGCACAAUGAACUUUAUAAAAGGCAGAGUAUUAAGACGGGAGCUUUAAGUUUAAUACAGUGGAACCUCGAUACAACGAAGUGCCAAGUGACUGGCAAAAUUUGUUUGCCAUAG